AUGCGAGCGCCGGCUGGGAUGGGGCCAGGAGCGCCCGUGCUCCUGUGGCUGCUGCUGCUGCUGGUGAUGUCCCACUCGGCGCGCGCAGCCAUCCUGGAGGUGAACGGAAACCUGAACUGUAGGUGCGUAAAGACAACUUCGGACUACAUCAGUCCGAAGAGAUACGAAAGCAUUGAGAUAAGACCUGUGGGAAGCACCUGCAGACGUACAGAGAUCAUAAUUAAAUUAAAAACCUCGGGGAAGGUGUGCGUGAAUCCUGAUGCCCCUUGGGUAAAGAAACUGCUGAAGCGUAUUGCUAGCACGUAA